GGGAUCUCGAGCGGCGCGCGAGAGGACCUCUCUUGUCUGGUGCAGCCCCGUGUGGCUAGUGAGUGCGUUCGUUGCGGCGGGCGAGUGCUUCGUGUCGCGAACAGGGAGCGUGCAGGAGGGAGGGCGUCGCCCCAUGCCGGCCGCGCAACGCCCGCAGCAUGGUGGCGCUCCGAGCGGCGGGGGCCCGUGAUGGCGGAGCGCGGCGGUGGCCCUUGGGGCGCGGGCACCGCCAGUGCCUGCUCUACCUGCUGCUGCUGCUCGUGUCCGCCGAGGCGGCGCAGGCCUCGGGCUACUUCGAGCUGCAGAUCCUCGAGAUCGCCAACUACCGCGGCGAGCUGGCGGACGGCGGCUGCUGCGGCGCCGCGGAGCGUCGCGACGCCUCGCUGCCGUGCCCGCGCGCCUGCGCCACCUUCUUCCGCGUCUGCCUGAAGGAGUACCAGAGCAACGUGACGUCGGCGGGGCCCUGCUCGUUCGGCAACGCGUCCAGCCCGGUGCUGGGAGGGGCCUCCUUCAGCAUCCCCGACCCGGACGGCAGCGCCGCCAAGAUGGUGCUGCCCUUCACCUUCCGCUGGACGAGGUCCUUCACGCUCAUCCUGCAGGCCAUGGACCUGGACAACUCCACGCUGCCUGCGACGAGCCGGGUGAUCGAGGAGGCGACCUACUCGGGCAUCAUCCUGCCCAGCGCCGACUGGCACACGCUCAACCACCACGGCGUGACGGCGCGCAUCACGUACCGCGUGCGCGUGCAAUGCGACACGCACUACUUCAACUCCACGUGCACCAAGUUCUGCCGCCCGCGCGACGACAAGUUCGGCCACUACCGCUGCGACGGCGGCGGCGACAAGGCCUGCAUCGACGGCUGGCGCGGCGCCAACUGCGAGACAGCUGUGUGCAAGACCGGCUGCCACCCGAUCCACGGCAAGUGCGACCAGCCUGGAGGAUGCGAGUGUCGACCCGGCUGGAGGGGAGAGUUCUGCGAUCAGUGCACCCCCUACCCCGGCUGCAAGCACGGCUACUGCAACGGUUCCGCCUGGCAGUGCAUCUGCGACACCAACUGGGGCGGCAUCCUGUGCGACCAAGACCUGAACUACUGCGGCACGCACGAGCCGUGCGCCAACGGCGGCACGUGCGAGAACACGGCGCCCGACCAGUACCUGUGCACGUGUCCGGAGGGCUUCUCGGGCCCCGCCUGCGAGACGGUGGACAACCCGUGCGCCACGGCGCCCUGCGCGCACGGCGGCACGUGCGCCGAGGCGCUGGGGCAGUUCCACUGCACGUGCACGUCGGGCUGGACCGGCGCCACGUGCCGCGACAACGUGGACGAGUGCGCCUCCGCGCCGUGCCAGAACAGCGGCACCUGCGUCGACCUGGUGGACGGCUUCCAGUGCGAGUGUCCGUCGGGCUGGGAGGGCAACGCCUGCCAGUUCGACGCGGACGAGUGCCAGGGCAGCCCCUGCAUCAACGCCUACUCCUGCCAGAACCUGGUGGGCGACUACCGCUGCAAGUGCCAGCAGGGCUGGGCGGGCAAGAACUGCGACCACAACAUCAACGACUGCGUGGGGCAGUGCCAGCACGGCGCCACCUGCAUCGACCUGGUCAACGACUACCACUGCGCCUGCCAGCCGGGGUACACAGGCCGGGACUGCCACACCGACAUCGACGACUGCGAGAGCAACCCGUGCAAGAACGGCGGCGAGUGCUCGGACCAGGUGAACGGCUACCGGUGCAUCUGCCCCGUCGGCUUCAUGGGGGAGCAGUGCGAGGUGGACCACGACCACUGCAGCCCCAACCCGUGCGACAAUGGCGCGCCGUGCUUCAACACGCAGGGUGACUACUACUGCCACUGCCCCGAGGACUGGCAGGGCAAGAACUGCAGCUCGCCGCGCACACACUGCAGCCACCCGCCCUGCGAAGUGGUGGACAGCUGCACCGUGCCGGCGCCCUCCAACUCCAGCGCGGGCGGGGCGAUGCUCGUGCCCUCGGGCAUCUGCGGCGAGCACGGCGCCUGCCUCAGCCUGUCCGCCGGGGGCUUCCAGUGCUCCUGCGACGCCGGCUACACCGGCAAAUACUGCCACGAGAACAUCAACGACUGCAAGCAGAACCCGUGUCAGAACGGCGGGACGUGCGUGGACAAGGUGAACUCCUUCCAGUGCAUCUGCAAGGAAGGCUGGGAAGGGGAGAUAUGCACCAUCAACAGGAACGAGUGCAGCCCGAACCCGUGCCGCAACAACGGCAGCUGCUCGGACGGCGUGGCAGACUUCGUGUGCGCGUGCCGCGACGGCUGGAAGGGCAAGACGUGCAACCUGAAGGACAGCCACUGCGACCGCAGCACCUGCCGCAACGGGGGCACGUGUCAGGACCUGGGGGACACCUACGUGUGCCUCUGCCCCGCCGACUGGGAGGGCACCACCUGCCACAUUGGCAAGACCCACGCCUGCAAGUCCAACCCCUGCCAGAACGGGGCGACGUGCGUCAACACGGGCGACCUCUACUCGUGCAUCUGCAAGGAGGGCUUUGAGGGCCAGCGCUGUGAGCACGACACCAACGACUGCAGCCCCCCGCCCUGCUUCAACGGCGGCCGCUGCGUCGACGGCGUCAACUGGUUCCGGUGCGAGUGCGCCCCGGGCUUCGCCGGGCCCGACUGCCGCAUCAACGUCAACGAGUGCGCGUCGGGCCCGUGCGGCUUCGGCAGCACCUGCGUCGACGGCAUCGGCGCGUUCCGGUGCGUCUGCCCGCCGGGCCGCACCGGCCAGCGCUGCGAGGGAGUGGAGGACAUGGCGUUCACCCGCGGCUCGUGUCUCUGGAGGGGCCAGUACUUCGCGGGCAACGCCACCUGGCAGCACGGCUGCAACACGUGCGUGUGCCGCGACUCGGUGGCCCGGUGCACGCGCGUGUGGUGCGGCCUGGGCAACUGCCUGGGGCACCCCAACCUCACCGUGGACCCCACCACCUGCCUCCCCAGCCAGGUGUGCGUGCCGUCGCCGGGGGAGGCGUGCCUGGCCCCGCCGUGCGCGCCCUGGGGCGAGUGCCGCGACCUGCAAAGCGGCAAGCGCGUGGGCCCGCCCCUGCUGCCCGCCCCGCCCUCCUGCUGGCCCAACCAGGCGGCGCUGAGCGACGCGUGCGCGCGCCUCACGCUGCUGCUGGACCGGUCCCGGCUGGCGCGCGGGCUCAGCACCGAGGGGCUGUGCCUGCAGCUGCGCCGGCUGGCGGCCGCUCGCCAGGCCAGCGCCGGCGCCCGCAGCCGGCUGGUGCUGCUGUGCGACCUCAAGCAGGGCUCCAACGACACCGUCGAGGUCACCAUGUCCACACUUUCGCCAUCUGCCGGGUCAGAGGAUGACCAUGCCGUGACAGAAGGCAUUCGAGUUCUGGGGGAGUUCAUCAGCCGCAAGCAGACCAAUCUGUCCGCUCUCACCUCGAUCGUGGAAGUGAAGGUGGAGACAGCCCUCGUCAGUGGACAGAAGCAAGGGAACGGGUACAUGAUCGCUCUCAUCUGCAUCGUGCUGAUGAUCGCGGCCUGCCUGCUGCUGUGCGGGCUGUACUACUGGCACAGCACGUGGCGCAGGGGCGAGGCGCCCGGGGGCGGCGGGGGGCCCCGCUGCGACGACGAGAAGUCCAACAACCUGCAGAACGAGGAGAACCUGCGGCGCUACGUGGCCAACCCCCUCAAGGACGAGGCGCCCGCCAAGUCGGCGACCACGUCCGUGGAGAGCCUGGCCGAGACGCGCGUCAGCGUGGGGCGGCCGCUCCCGGCGGACGCCUCGGCCGAGACGCUGGAGAUGACGCCCGAGCCGGACCCGGCCCCCGAGCCCAGUCCCCGCCGCUCCCGGAUCCUGCUCUACAAGGCCCGCGGCCCCGACGUCAGGAACAACACGGCUGCCUUCGACGACGCUGGCGCGCACAAGGACUUCGGCAAGCGCGUCAUCAACCUGAGGGUGCUGCCUCCCGUGCAGAGGACGUUGCAGCCGGCCCCGGGCGGGGAGAUGCUGACCGUGAUCGUGUGAGGCCGUUUUACCAUUCCCGUACCUCUGUUCUGUCGUCGUGUGAAUCAGGGAUGAGUGCAAUUCCUGCCUGUCGCAGUUUACUAGGUUUGUUUUCCCUGCGUUUAGAAAAGGUCUCGCAGCACUGCGUCGAAACAACAUUGCGACAUGUGAAGAAAUUUGCUGAAGAUGAACUAGAUUGGUCCGGCCGAAGUCGAAACCUCAAAUGUCCACGAGCUGCGCUGUUUUUCCCUUUGCGAUAAAAAACAUUGUGAUCUCGACAUCAUAACUUAUUUCAGUGCGAGGUGCUAUGAUUAUUCUUGUGCCCCUGAUUACAAAACUGAAAAGUUGAUGCACUGAAACAGUUGUCACAAGACUUAAUUUUAACACGUUGUGCUGAUUGUAAACUAUUAAUUAUUUACAUUUUAAAUAUAAUUAGUUCCUGACACAUUCCUGUAGUUGUAACAGAGUACAGGCCUACUAUGUAAAAAUAACUGUUACAAAGUUCAGGUUCAUAUCUGAAUUUGAAUUAUAAUUCUACUUGCUUUUUCAACCUUCCAUAACACAGUUUUGGAAGUAAAUUGUAUUAGUGUAGCAUCAAAAAUAUAUGAAGGUACCUUUUUUUUUCUGUGAGUUUCGAGUUAUAUGUGUGUUUCAGCAGAUUCAAUUCUGACUUUAAGUAUAAGGUCAAGGUGAAGCUAAUGUAUACUGACCUACCUAAUUCUCUUAAGUCUCAAGUGACAAAAUGCAUAGCACUCCAUUCCACUGGUCCUUUUACUCUGAAAAGCUGCAAGUAUGAGUUUGCUGCUGAUCAUAGGCAAGUUAUGCUCUGAAAAAUUAUUACAAUGCAUUAAAAAUAUUCAGUCUUAAGCGUAAAUGUGUGGCCAAGAGUCCUCAAAAUCUUAUAAACAAAUUUUUAAAUUUAGGUUUUAUAACUCUUGUGGCCAUUCAGUGUAAAUAAAAUUAAUUAUAUUAUGACAAGUCACUGUGAACAUUUCUAGAAGUGACAGUCAGAUCUUUUACAAUUUAUACUGUGUAUAAUACAAAUAAUAGUUUAUUGUAAAUGCUGUACAUAAGAGUUAGCAGUUUACUUGUACUAUAACGGAAUAAUUAUUUAUAAGUAGUUUUUGUUUUUUUGUAUAGAUAGUAUCGACUCAUUUUUUUCCUCAAAUAAAUGUCACAGAUUGGAAAGAGUUAUAUUUUAUGUUGAAGAAAAUGAGUACAAUAUUGCUAAACACUUGACCUGCUGAUUACAAACAGCUUACUGGGAGAUGCAUAGCUGUAAAUAAUAGUGGCUUCUGUCACAAAGGUUUAUAAGGAGCUGCAAAGCACUGGCACAUCAGUUUAUGUAACUAUUUUAUGAUUCACUAGUACAACGUCAACAACAGUCAUGUGAAAAUGUCCAGUUGAUUCACAAGUUUCCCAACUUCCAUAAAAUAUAUUUCUCAAUACUAUCAAAACAACCUGAACAGAAAAUAUUUGGCACACAAGCGUACAGAAUUUGGACUCUGCCAGUGUCACGCAUUACCUCGCAUUCACAGUUGCGAGACUUCAAUGUUAGAACAUGUUUCAAUGCACAGUGUGAAGAAGGGGGACGAGACAUCAGAAUGUAUAAAACUGAUACAGUUGUUUGAAGUCAUUUUUUGGGCUUAAAUUUUUUUAUUAAUAGUGUGUUUAUUCGUGUCAUAAUAUACUAAAAUACAGGUGCACUAUAGUGGUUGGCAAACGUGAACCCAACUUUAAUCAAUAAUCAAACUGUGCAUGAUUUAUGCAUUAGCUACGGUGUCUUAACAUGUGAUGCAUUCUGAUGAUCAAUGACCUACAUACACAAUGUGCCUUUGCCUCAAGACCAGAAUUGGUCUGCAGUGUGCAAAUGUUUAUAUAAAGUAGCAUAAAAAUGAAAGAAAAAAAAACAUAAAAAACAGAGUAAAGUGCUAUAUUGGCAAUUUCCAUAUUUCACAUUAAUCACACAACUCUUUCAUAAAGAGUUAAUGUUAAGUCUUGGCAUUUGUAGUGUAGGUAACUUAACUUUAUACGCGGUUGUAAAAGAGAAUAUAUAAUAUUGCUGUUUGUACGAAAUAUACGCUAAAUAAAAUUACUGUAUCUGUAUUGUCCUGAAUGUAAGAUGAAAAAUUGUCCCUAAAUUUAUUUUUAAAUAAUGCACGUCUGACUUAUAAGCAAGCAUUUCAAAAAUUGCAAGAAAAACUAUAUAUACACAUACAUGUCUGUUUUAUCCUGAAUGUCGUAUAUUUUCUUAAAUUUUACAUAAAUAACAUAUUUGUAAUAUACAAAUUGAUGAGAUGCAACUUGUAAAAUAAUUUGUGUAUAAACUAUAUUUAAAGAUAUGUAACUAUGUAACCAGCAAGUUCCCAGGAAGUACAUUAGGUUAUUUGCAAGCAAGUAAAACUUUUUUCUAUGUUUUUAAAUCUACUGUUUCAAAAAUUUUUAACUUAAAAGCAACAGGUUGACUAAUGAGUGAGCCAACUUGUAUUCAGGACAAUUCGGUACCUAAAUACAUAUACAUAUGUAGUGUGUUUCACAGCUAUAUUAAUACUGGUUCACAUAAAACCCAAAUGAGUGUUUCAAAUUAUUUUCUAAGAUGAAGGUACUGUCUAAACAAAAAUGUAUGCUUUGUGUAAUAUCGCCAAAUGAUACUACAAUAUGUGCCUGUAGAGUGUUUGUGAAAUUUGUGUUUUGUACAACGUCAUAGAAGAUUGGUACAGUGUAGGUUUUGCAUACCUAGUAUUAAAUGUAUAAUCAGUUGUGUGAUAUAGUUAUUAGUACUGAGAUUUGUAUUUGAUGCAAAACUCCUGAAAAUUAAAAUUAUAAAAUAUUGUAUUAUAGCCUAAAUGUCUUUUGUAUUAGAAUAUAUUUUUGAAAAUAAAAAUUAAAGAGUAUUGAAUGUACGAAAUGUAAAUAAUUAUAUUUUGCCUACAUUGUGAUAACAUUUUAAACAAUUCGUACUUCAAGGCUGAAUGAAGUGCCUGUGUUGCAUGUGCAAAACCAAUUGGAACAGUACCUAACAAGUGUUAAGUGCCUUUGUGUGAUCACAGUAUUGACACUGUACCAGAAUAAAGCUUGGAUGAUGGAUGGUCUACUUUAAUUUGUUCUGUGAUGUUAGUGUCCUGAUAUUUUAUGAGUUCUGUGGUGCAUAGUAUUACGUAUUUACACAUACUGCUAAAUGUAUUUAAUAGUACUGAUGAUCAUGAAUUUUUUUACACAUUUUGUAGCUGAAAAAUUAUUUUUAAGUAAAUGUAAUUUCAGAAUUUUUCAAUUUAAUUUGUACAAAAAAAAUUUUAUGUAUAGGUUUUACACUUUCGUAUAGUGGGAACUAGAAGUAUUGCGAGCCGGGCCCCAUUUCUAAAAACAUUUACCAUUGUAAAAAUUCUGCUGUAGGAAUAUAUUAUAAAACAUCUGUCCACAUAGAAAACUUAUUUUUGUUGGUCAGCAAGUUUUAAUAAGUUCCACUAACAGAGAUUAGUGCAUUGUUUCAUUAUAUGCAGCACACUAUGUUUCAGCCACCUCACCAUUGUUAUUAUUUAUUCAUUUUAAAAUAUAUUUCCAUACAUAUCUUCAUUGUGGUUUUACAUACUUCCUCUAUGCAAACAUUUGGUCUAGAAACCAAUGUUCCAACCAUGGACUUAGAAAUUGUCAGAGACUGCAUGCUGUGACGUAGUUGAAGUCACUUUUUAACCACGCCAAUGACAUAUUGUUCCGCCCAAAGCAUUGCCGAAAUGGUGUUUGAUAACGUUUGAUGAUGGUCGGUACAUAUGACUCGGAAUCUCCAUCGUUAAAAACAGUCCCUUUAUUAAACAAGAGUUAUUUAAAACUGUUUCCACAAUGCAAACACUACACUUCAGUCAAUGUUUUGGGCGUCUAACAAGUAUGGCGCAACAAUUAGCCGGAAAAAAAAAAGCUUUGCUGCUUUAUGCAAAAGUGCAUAAUAAAUGUUUUAUGAAUAAAAUACAGCCAAUUUUUAAUUGUAGGGCCAAAGUUAGUCAAAUUUAUUACCGACCUACAGUAGUACCAGACCAGUACGCUAAUAAUCCCCCCAAAAUAAAGCCAUAUCUUAAACUAUUAUGCGCACUUCCUUUCAUUAUUUCUCUUAGGUCUUUACUGGCUAUUGCCAUUUUAUUUUUAAAAUAAACAUCUUUAUAAUAAUUUAUACCACACAAAUGAAGAGAUACACCUUCCCUUAUUGUCUGGCUCACACCUUACGGUCUUCACCCACGCACUGACAGCUCGCAAAACUUCUGUCCUGUACUAUACCUGCCUUUGUGUUGAAACAAUAAAAUAUAUAUGUCACAAUGAAGGGUAACAUUGUUAAAUAAAUAUAAAAAUAGUUUUUUGUACCUAUGUCCAAAAGAGUUGAAUUGUUUAAUAAAUGAACACCAAUAAA